CCUUCUGAUAGAGCACUGCACUGUCUUCCCUGCCACAUAGAAACGACCUGUCUUGAGCACCACUGAACCAUUGGCGUUCUCUGCACCGUACAGAGCAGACUAGCAGAGCAAGAAGCCGCCGGCGAUGGCUUCCGCCGCGCUGCCGGAGGCCGUCGAGCCCAAGAAGAAGGGCAACGUCCGCUUCGCCUUCGCCUGCGCCAUCCUCGCCUCCAUGACCUCCAUCCUCCUCGGCUAUGAUAUCGGAGUGAUGAGCGGGGCUUCGCUGUACAUCAAGAAGGACCUCAACAUCAGCGACGUGAAGCUUGAGGUCCUCAUGGGCAUCCUCAACGUCUACUCGCUCAUCGGCUCCUUCGCCGCGGGCCGGACAUCCGACUGGAUCGGCCGCCGCUACACCAUCGUCUUCGCGGCGGUCAUCUUCUUCGCGGGCGCCUUCCUCAUGGGCUUCGCGGUCAACUACUGGAUGCUCAUGUUCGGGCGCUUCGUGGCCGGCAUCGGCGUCGGCUACGCGCUCAUGAUCGCGCCCGUGUACACGGCCGAGGUGUCCCCCGCGUCGGCCCGCGGCUUCCUGACCUCCUUCCCCGAGGUGUUCAUCAACUUCGGCAUCCUCCUCGGCUACGUGUCCAACUACGCCUUCUCCCGCCUGCCGCUCCGCCUCGGCUGGCGCGUCAUGCUCGGCAUCGGCGCGGCGCCGUCCGUCGUGCUCGCGCUCAUGGUGCUCGGCAUGCCCGAGUCGCCCCGGUGGCUCGUCAUGAAGGGCCGCCUCGCGGAUGCCAAGGUCGUGCUGGGGAAGACCUCCGACACGCCGGAGGAGGCCGCGGAGCGGCUCGCCGACAUCAAGGCUGCCGCCGGCAUCCCCGCGGAGCUCGACGGCGACGUGGUCACCGUGCCCAAGACGGAGAACAGCGAGGAGGCGCGGGUGUGGAAGGAGCUCAUCCUGUCGCCCACCCCGGCCAUGCGCCGCAUCCUCCUCUCGGGCCUCGGCAUCCACUUCUUCCAGCAGGCGUCCGGCAUCGACGCCGUGGUGCUCUACAGCCCGCGCGUGUUCAAGAGCGCCGGCAUCACCUCCGACAACAAGCUCCUGGGCACCACCUGCGCCGUGGGCGUCACCAAGACGCUCUUCAUCCUGGUUGCCACGUUCCUGCUCGACAAGGUCGGUCGGCGGCCGCUGCUCCUGAGCAGCGUGGGCGGCAUGAUCUUCUCCCUGGUCGGCCUUGCGAUGGGGCUGACCGUCAUCGGCCACUACCCCGACGCGAAGAUCCCGUGGGCCAUCGGCGUGGCCAUCGCGUCGACCAUGGCCUACGUGGCCUUCUUCUCCAUUGGGCUGGGCCCCAUCACGUGGGUGUACAGCUCGGAGAUCUUCCCGCUGCAGGUGCGCGCGCUCGGGUGCGCGCUGGGCGUGGCCACGAACCGCGUGACCAGCGGCGUGAUCUCCAUGACCUUCAUCUCGCUGUCCAACGCCAUCACCAUCGGCGGCGCCUUCUUCCUGUACGCCGGCAUCGCGGUGCUCGCGUGGGUGUUCUUCUUCACCUUCCUCCCGGAGACCCGCGGGCGGACGCUGGAGGCGAUGAGCCAGCUGUUCGGCGCCACCGACGAGGACGACCUCAAGCCCCAGGACGGCGCCACAAAGGACAAGAAGCAGCUCGAGAUGGCCGGCGCCGCCAACUAACUCGCUCCAAAUUACAGGGCCUCAAGGGGGCUCCAUGCGAAAAGCUUGUGCAGUAGGCACGUGGCAGCUAGCUAGCUGCCAUUGUUGCUGUAUAUGAGCUAGUAGGCUGAAGUAACGUGGGAAGAUUCGCUAAUGAUCCGGCGCGGCUGGAGAGCGAGACGGCCGGCAAGCUCAAGCCAGCGCGUCGCUCUCUUGAUCAGCCUCUUAGUAUCUCCUCCGUUUUUUAAGCACAUGGACUGUGAUUUACUCUUUGGUUUGUCCGCGAGAGAUUGUGAACUAAUAGUAGCUGUUGAAGUUGCCAAGGCCAAUGCCAGGUUCCCAGUGCAGCCGGGUGCGUAGAGGUGUCGGCCACGCUUGUCCUGUAAGCUGUGUAGCGUUUGCUGUUGCCUCGCUGCUCGGGGCAUGGAGGCCGGUAGAAAAUUGGCGGUGGUUCGAGGGUUCUGCCGAGGGGGUCAAGCAGGCAACGGAAACGGCGUGUAAGGAAACAAUAUCUAUCUAUCUAAAGACCUUGUCGUUCUGCGAUCGUGCGGGGAUUGUUUUUGUUUACCCCCUAAUCAAA